AUGUAUAAAAUUCUGGCGAAAAUUCUGGCCAACAGGUUGAGGCAGGUUAUUGGGAGUGUAGUGUCCGAGGCUCAGUCUGCUUUUGUUAAAAACAGACAAAUUCUUGAUGGAAUUCUGAUCGCUAAUGAGGUGGUAGAUGAGGCUAGGAAACUUAAGAAAGAACUUCUGUUGUUCAAAGUGGAUUUUGAAAAGGCGUUUGAUUCUGUUGAUUGGGGGUAUCUUGAUGAGGUUAUGGGGAGUAUGUCGUUUCCGGUAGUGUGGCGUAAGUGGAUAAGAGAAUGUGUUGGUACCGCUACUGCCUCUGUCCUUGUGAAUGGAAGUCCUACUGAUGAGUUCCAUCUUGAACGGGGAUUGCGUCAUGGUGACCCUUUAUCUCCUUUUUUAUUUUUAUUGGCAGCAGAAGGUUUGAAUGUGUUGAUGAAAGCGUUAGUAGACGGAGGUAUGUUUUCGGGGUUUAGAGUGGGGCGUGCGGAUCCGGUGGUUGUGUCUCAUCUACAGUUCGCUGACGAUACGCUUCUUAUUGGGAAUAAAAGCUGGGCUAAUGUGCGGGCGCUGAGGGCUGGUCUUGUUCUGUUUGAAGCUAUGUCGGGAUUGAAAGUUAAUUUUCAUAAGAGUUCUCUGGUAGGGGUCAAUAUUAAUGAUUCGUGGUUGUCAGAAGCGGCAUCUGUGUUGGGGUGCAAAGUAGGUAAAAUCCCGUUUCUCUAUUUGGGGCUCUCGAUUGGCGGCGAUCCUCGUCGACUUUUGUUUUGGGAACCUGUUGUGAACCGUAUUAAAUAUAGAUUGGCUGGUUGGCAAAGUCGGUUUCUUUCCUUAGGUGGCCGUUUGAUUCUUCUAAAGUCCGUCCUGACUGCUCUACCUGUCUAUGCACUUUCCUUUUUCAAAGCUCCGAAGAAGUAUGGAGGGUUGGGGGUUAAGAGGUUGAGGGAGUUUAACAUUGCUUUGUUGGGUAAAUGGUGUUGGAGGUUGUUAUUGGAGAGGGAUGCUUUGUGGAGAAAGGUGUUAGUGGCUAGGUAUGGUGUGGAGGAUGGGGGCCGGAGUUGUUCUUCGUGGUGGAGGGAGAUCGUGAGGAUUAGAGAUGGGAUAGGUGAGGGUGGCGAGGGAUGGUUUGGGUCUUGUGUUAGGAGGAGAGUGGGAGAUGGGGCAGAUACUGAUUUUUGGCGUGAUUGUUGGUGUGGAGAUGUUCCUCUUUGUGUCCGGUUUAGGCGCCUUUUUGACUUGUCUGUUCACAAAUCAAUCUCAGUUAGGAAUAUGUUCCUGCUGGGGGUGGAUGUGGGCGGGGAGGCGUUGAGGUGGCGUCGGCGGUUGUGGGCUUGGGAGGAGGAGUUGGUAGAGGAGUGUAGGGCUUUGUUACUAACAGUUUUUUUGCAGGAAUCAGUGUUAGACAGAUGGCUCUGGUUACCUAAUCAUGAUGAUGGGUAUUCUGUUCGUGGAGUCUAUGACAUGCUGACAUCACAGGAGCAGCCCCAGUUACACCAUAAUAUGGACUUAAUUUGGCAUAAACAGGUCCCUCUCAAAGUAUCUAUCCUUGCUUGGCGACUACUGAGGGAUCGGUUACCCACAAAACAUAAUUUGGCAAAUCGUGGCAUUCUAUCUGUGGAGGAACGAUUAUGCGUUGCUGGAUGUGGGAUUGUCGAAGAUGUUACUCAUUUGUUUUUGUCUUGUGCAACUUUUGGUGCAUUAUGGCCGAUGGUGCGGCAUUGGUUAGGAGUGGUUGUUCGAGAGGGCGACGGUCUUUCUUCCACUUGA